UCGUUUGAACCUUUCGCCGGUUCGUAUCGUAUUCGCUGGGUGCGUGUUGUUUGUCGUCGGUUCGAUACCCGGCGUCAAUUUGUUUUGCUUUUUUGUUGACGUUAAUUUUUCGCGACAUUGAACUUGGGAGGUGACACUUUUGUGUAAUUUGCCGAUUAGGGUGAAAAGUGACCUGAUCGGGUUGGAAUGCUGAUGGCUGGUUGACGGAUGAGUCAGGUUUCAGUUCAGUGGAUUGUGAGCUCAUCGGAUAGCUCGGGUGUCGUACAUGUGUGAAGAUAACAGUUGCAAGUGCGUUUUGUGGAACAAGUUGACGACUUGGAUCGUCGUCGAUGGGUAUCGAUAAUUGUAUGGUAUUGUGCAGUGUUGCUGAUCAAUGUCAUUACUGCGUUGUGUGAUUGAGUCAAUAAUAACAUAAAUUACCGUCUGUGUCCGCAUGUACGUGAUCCUUCAACGAUUUUGGGGGCUGUAAUCGAGCACAAAUCGUCUUCUGCUGCAUAUAUCUACAUGAAGAAAUGCUAAUAAUGCUAAAUUGUUGAACGCUACACGCCAAAAUUGAGCAAAAUUGAAGCAACGGUGUAUGGUUUGGAGAAAGAAGCUACAUCAAAAAAAAUAAUAAUAAACGCACAUGUGAGGGGGUUUGUUGCUAAAGUUGUCCAAAAUACCCGAAAAAUAAAAGAAAGAAACGAAAUAAUUAUCUCAACAGCAGUAGCUGAAGGAAAAAAAAACGGAUGAAAUCGAUCCACUCAAAAAAUAUAUGUCCGUGCGAGUGUAUGUGUGCAAAUCCGUGUGUAUCUGCAUCUUUGUAUGUGCAAUGUGCGUAUGUGCUGAUAAUUAAACCGUAAGAUUUUGGAUGGUUCAAAAAUUGAUUAAACCCCCUGACGACCGCGAGCUUUUUUGAAUAAACCCCAAAAACCCUGUGUCGGAAGAUUCCGCGAAGAAGAAGCCGAUUUUGGCGGCGGCUGCGAAAAGUUGAUUUUUGGCGUCAAAAAUAUUGAAGUGAAAUCGGUUGAUGAUUCGAGUUUUGGGGUUUGCCGGAUUUCGCCUGGGAUAUCUGGCGCUCGAGCUGCUGAAGUGAGAGUAAACAACGCGCAAUCUUUUGGGGCGCGUACGCAAAGCGGACCUCGGCGAUCAUCGGCGGCUGAUUGAGGAUCUCCUGCUAUCGGCGGGCGCGAAGAAGACACCACGCCGGAACGAAAAGGAAGACACGCACCACGCGCCACGUGUGAGUCGACUGACUGAUCUGUCUGCGCACGCGAACGCAGUCCGUGGAUUGGUCCGAAUCUAGCGUGAAAAGUGGUCCACUAUCCAGGGAAACGGUUCUCCUAAUGGAACGAGCAUGAUUAUAACUUUCAUGAUCAUGCAAAAUUUGUUUGUUAACCUCACCCACCAGGAGGAGUCUCAUCAUUACGAUUGAGAAGUUCCUGGUAACCACCACCACGGGGAAGAUGCGGUGGUUCAAGCGGUCCACCGAAUCCCCGAAGCUGCUCAGCUUGUCCCCGUUGCGGCAGUCGGAGCUGGGCGGCCACCACCCGGCGGACCAUGAUCCGGGAGCCACCGGCCCUGAACCCAACGAUCCGGUGGGCCAGCAGCCGGUUCCCCUGGUGGACCUGUUUGGAGCGUCGAGUUCGGGUUCAUCGUCGGGAUCGGGCUCGUACACCACCAGCUGCAGUUCGCCGUCCGCCUCGACGUCAUCCCCGUCGACCUCGACGACCUUUUCGUACACCAGCGAUUGUGGCGGCAGUUUGGCCGGAUGUUGCCACAAAAAUGGGAAGGCGCUGGUCGGUGCUGGAGCAGUGGCAUCGCAGGGGAGCAGCGGGGUGACGCCAAGGAAGUCACGGAUAGACUUGUCGCCCGUCAACUGGACCAAGAAGUCGUCCAUCAACUGCUACAACAUCGAGGAGGGGCGCGUUAUCGAGCGGCCCAAGGGUCGCUACGUCUCGCCGAUCCGGAUCAAGAACAAACAGCAGGCCCAGCAACAGCAGCAGCUUCAGCAGCAGUACGGAACGCCGGUUUGUAGGCGGAUUCUGCAACGGGAGCGCGGGUCCGCGGACGGAGGAUCGCCGAGUGGGCUCAAGAAUUUGAGCAAAUCGAUCGGGAACAUUAGCGCCGUGGCGACGGGGCUCGGCGAUAAGAGUCCCUCGCUGAGUCACCGAUCGGUCGUUUAUCGGGAAAAGGAGAAGAAGAAUCCGCUCGGGAGUACGCGCCUGUCCUGCUACCAGCCGAUCAACUUUGACGAGGGCAAGAGUCAGCUCUACAAGUCGGUCGACGAUUUAAUCUUUCUCAACGGAGCAACGUCCACAACCGCGACGGCUGAGACGGCGGAAGAUUGCGCAAGUGAAGCGAACAAAGCAGUGACCACAACAACAGCAGCAACUUGCGGCCAGCUGAACCAAAGUCUUAUCACCACUAGUAGAACGUCGGAGGGAGUCGAAGAACAGCAGCACUUAUCAGCAGUCACAGCAGAAUCGUCAGCAGAGGCAGAACUAGAACCAGAACCAAAGAUGAUUGUCGGCGAUCACGACGAAACGUACGGAUUUGCGCAGAUGCGCGAUGGCUGCGUCGGCGGUGGUGGCAACUCAAUCGAAGCCAUGUACCGCCACAAGCUGGCCGCCUUCAAGCAGGCCGAAGCCGCCGAGUUCAAAACCCCCGCCAAAAAGAAGGACAACUUUACCAACAAGAUCAAAGCCAUGUCCGACCGCACCCAGAAGCUCUUCUCGAAAAUCUACUCCAACUCGUCGUACAAGACGCACAGCACCAGCGUCGACGCCGCAUCAUCGCCCUUCCACGCCCCCGGCUCCAAAUCGCUCAAAAAGUCCCCCUCCAAAGUGUCCAACAAUCGGCGCAGCAUGAGCUACGGCGCGUUGCCCGGGCUGGCCGACUUUCAGAAAAAUCUCGAAAAACACCACGCAACGGAAGACGAUCCACCCGGAACGACCGGAAUACACCGCCCCGACGCCGAAGACUGCGAUUCGGGCAUUCUGGUGAACGAAUCGGGAGCCUCAUCGAUACUGGAAACCGAAGAUACCUUCCUGCCGUCGAUCCCAUCGAAGGUGGGGCUGGGAGGGGAACACAUCGAGUUUAAACUGGUCACCAUUCGGUUGGAUGAGCUCGGAGGGCAGGAGGAGGAUGCGGACGUGGGACUCGGGAUCAUCGUCAGUCACAUGGGCAAUGGCGAGGGAGAAAUUAGCAAUCGGUACAAGGUGGCGCACGUGCUGCCUGGAGGGUUGGUGUAUGCCGAGGGCACCAUCCAACCGAAUGACGAAAUCGUCAACAUCCUCGGCAAGCGCCUGCGGGGCAUGUCGAUGCGGCAGGUGCAGGACCUGCUCAACAGCUGCACCCGAGGCCACAGAACUGGUGCAGGUGCCGGUGGCGGAACCAGUAUCGAUCUUGUCAUUUGUAGGAGCAAAGUAAAUGAUAGUGAUCUGUUGGGCGGCGAAGAAGACCAUCAGACGACGCCGAUGACGACGACGACGGUGAAUCGACGGUUGUUCCGGAACAAUCGGAUGAUUUCGCUGGACUCGUACCUGGACGAUCAGAGUAGUGUUGGUGGUGGCGGUGGUGGAAGCAGCAGCGGUCAGCACAGUGAUGCCAGCUCGGACCACGACAACUACGCGUCGAUUGCUAUCAAAAUUGACGGCAGUAAGUUCAACACGCUGGGCACGCCACGCCGCUCCAAGGGCGCCCUCGCGCUGGCCACCUCCGCCAAACGUCCCGACCAUUCCCCUCCCCCAACCCCGCUGCUCUCCAUGGCCUGCGACAUGCCCAGCAUCGAGGUGGACUCGCAACCCGUAUCGCUGGACUGCGCCAAGCGACGCUCGUUCACCAAAAACUCCGGUUCCGGUUCCGGCUCCAAACUGGUCCGCCGCUCGCUGGUCGGCAAGCACUCUUCGUCUUCGCCGGCGUCCCGCCACGUUACCAAAAGCUCGAUGAACCUCUGCGACGACGAGAAGCUGGAGCUGAGCGGCGGAACGUCGGACGAUGCGGACGCGAGCAGUGGGACCGGGUCGCUGGACAUGGACAAGAGUAUGACCAACUUUUGCACGCUGCCGCGAAGACCGAAAAGUUCGCUGUGUAGCUUCCACACGGUCGCCUUUGAGAAGGGUCCGGGGAAGAAGUCGCUUGGGUUUACGAUCGUCGGAGGGCGGGACAGUCCGCGGGGAGCGCUGGGGAUCUUCAUCAAGAGCAUCCUGCCGUCGGGACAGGCCGCCGAGGAUGGUCGGCUACGGGCCGGGGACGAAGUGCUGGCCGUGAAUGGGCAGGUGUGUCACGAUCUGACCCACCUGGAGGCGGUCAAGAUGUUCAAGAGCAUCAAAACGGGCGAAAUCGUGCUGCAGCUGUGCCGGCGGAGCAAACCGAACCGGAACGACGGAGUUGGGGACCAAUGUUAGGCGGGGGGUUUUUAGAACAAAUCUUUAAUUUUUAAAGGCUGUGUAGGUAUCUGUAGAGAAGAAAAAGGGGGGGAUUCAACAUAUUUCUGUGCAAUUCUAUAAAUUUCGAGCAAACUAUAAUGAGAGCAAAUUUAUUCAAACUACUUAUUCAAAGAGACUUAUUAGCGAUAGGACUAAAUUGUAUAUCCAAAAGGGCGACCUUAUCUGUCUGGUAAAGUGCGUGUGGCGAUAAGAAUAAUCUCAAAUCACUCACUAUCGUCACUUUUCGGUCUGCCAAAAUCACUGUGUAAAGAAAUGAAAAAUGUAAUUUAUGUAAUAAACCACUACGAGAUGUAGCAACGUAA